CAAUUUCAUUUUGGCUACUUCAUCCGCUGCUCUCUGCUCUAUCUCUAUCUCUAUCUCGAUCUCUCAGCUGCAAGACACUGCUCUUUCUCGAUCCAUUUAGCAAGACCUUGAUUGAUGAUUGCCCUUGAUUGAUGUUUGCCCCCAUCAUCAUCUGAUAAAGCCCUUUGACACACACACAAUCAAACGAUCAGCAUAAACCCUCACACACACAAUCAGACGAUCAAACAUAAACCCUAGCGCACACAAUCAGAUGAUUCUUGACUAAGGAGAAAGACCGUGUCUCGCCGCCGAUUCGCCUCUUCUGGUUUUCUUCUCCGGCUGAUUCUCUGGCCGAAGUUCGGUCUCUCUCUCUCUCGGAUUCUCCUCUUUUUCCUCUCUUCUCCCUCGGGAAGGAUAAAUAAUAAGUUGACAAUGAAACGAACGGUUAGUGAAAUGGAAAAAGUGAGUGAACAAAAUACUGAAGCUUCAACUUCAAAAUCAUCCCAACCACCGCCGAAGAAGAGACGGGGUCCGACACGAUGCAAGAAUGUCAUAGACGCGAAAACCUUAUUACCUUUAAGAGUUAAUAAGUUUGGACAGCCGAUCGGUCUUGGGAGUGGUACAUAUACUAAUUAUCUGGGAACACUUGCCUGGAAGGGUGAAUUAGCUCCUUUGUGCUACAAAACUUGGUGGGAGAUGCCUAAACGGCUGAAGGAGGAUAUGUGGAACAUUAUAAAGGAGGUCAGCAAAAAAAAUAAAGAACGUCGUGGGAAGCAAACAAUGAUGCAUACUACAGGGACAAAAAGCUUUGCACGUGUUUCUGCCGAGAUUGAGGAAGACGAAGGUAUUCAGCUUUCUCGUGCAGAUUUAUUCAUCUGCACACAUGUAAAUAAGGAUGGCAAAGCUACUGAUGCUGUUGCUUCGGAGAUGAUUGAAAACAUAAAAGAAUUUCAAAAAAGUUACUCUGACUCGCCUAUUGGCAGCUCCAAUGAUUUGUUCUCCAUUGUGAGGGGAGAAGAGAGAACUGGUCGUGUGCGGAUGCUUGGCUUCGGGCCUACACCAAGUGAUGUUUGGGGGCCCUCUCCUAGUAAAGCUGAAUUGAUUAAUAAUACUAAAAAAUCUCGGGAGGAGGCACGUGCUACACGUGUAGAGUUGCAGUAGAUAAUUUCAAAAAUGCAAGCUGACUAUGACAACAAGUUGAAAAAUUUACGAGCCAGCUACGACGACAAGUUGGAAAAUUUACAACAACAGGUGGCUAUGCUAAUGCAGAUGUAACAACAAAAUUGUAGUGGACAGGUAUAUUUAUUAUUAGUUUUACUCUUUACUAAAUAUAUGUUUACUUAUGCCAAGAUUUCAUGUAUUUUGUUUUGUUAUUUUGAAGGAUUCUGAUUCUUUAAAUGCUCCUCCUAGAGUAUCCCCAAAUCUAUUUUCUAGUCGUGAUGCCAAUUCAGUUAAGGUUAUGAACUUUUAAUUUCUCUUAUAUAUAUGUUAAAUUUUCAUUUAUUAUAAUGUGCGCUUAAUGAAUUUAUAAAAAACGUAGGGUAAUUCAAAUCAAAUGGGCAAGAAGACUUUUUGAAGUUGAAGUUAAAGUUGAAGAUGGGGUCGUGGCUAUGCUUUUUGAAUUUCCUUCACCUUGGAUGGGUUCUUUUUGAAAAACUUGUACUACAUUUGUUAGAAAUUCUUAAUUUUUUUUGUGUGACAUUUAGUACCCUUAUCUAGACAAUUUGGAUGGUAUUUUCAUAUUGGCAAGUUAACUUGUGGUUAUAUUAGUAUACAUUUUUUACUAGCUUAA